CUAUGAGCUAGAAGGUCUGCGAGAUAACCUGCAGGAUACAGGAUGUGCUGUUUAUAGUGACUGUUUCCUCUCCUCUCGCUGCAGGAGUCAGUAACAUGAUAGCCAAGCUUGCGAAAACCUGUUCUCUCCGCAUCAGCCCGGAGAAGCUGAACUUUAUCCUUUCCGACAAGCUGGCCAGUGGAGGCGUGAGCAUGUGGUGUGAGCUGGAGCAGGAGAACUUUUUUAGUGAAUUUCAAAUGGAAGGAGUCUCUGCGGAAAACAAUGAAAUUUAUUUAGAAUUGACAUCAGAAAACUUAUCUCGAGCCUUAAAGACCGCCCAGAACGCCAGAGCCUUGAAAAUCAAGCUGACUAACAAACACUUUCCCUGUCUUACGGUGUCUGUAGAGCUGCUAUCCUCAUCAAGCAGUUGUAGAAUUGUGACGCAUGAUAUCCCCAUAAAGGUUAUUCCUAGAAGACUAUGGAAAGACUUACAAGAACCCUCCAUCCCAGACGCUGACGUCAGUAUUUAUUUACCAGCCUUGAAGACGAUGAAGAGUGUGGUGGAAAAAAUGAAAAACAUCAGCAGUGAACUUGUUAUUGAAGCAAACCUAAAUGGAGAACUGAACCUAAAGAUAGAAACUGAGUUGGUAUGUGUGACAACGCAUUUUAAGGAUCUUGGAAACCCUCUAUUACCCUCUGAGAGCAUCUCUCAAAACAGACACCCGGAAGACAUGACCACAGUGCACAUCGACAUAAGGAAACUCCUCCAGUUUCUGGCAGGACAGCAAGUGACUCCCAGCAAGGCAGUGUGCAAUAUUGUGCAUCACAGAACUGUUCAUUUCGAUUUGCUUCUGGAGGACAUCUCCCUUCAGUAUUUCAUCCCAGCCCUGUCGUAGCAUCGCCUCACCAGACUCGGGAGCGCAGAGACCUGUGUCGUGGCAAGACGAGCACUGGACGAUGCGGUCAGUCAGCUGCCUGUCCUCACAGCACCAAAGAUUUGUACUGGGCUUAUCUCUCUCCCUAUGUUGCUUUAAGCACAAAUGGAAUUAACGAAGCGCAAUUGGAUAACCAUCCUUCAUAUUCCUCAGUACCACCCCUACCUCCCUUCUCCCCUUUAAGACAUUGAGGUGAAAAGA